GGUGAAGGGAGGCAGAGCACAGAUCCAGAGCAGCAUCUUCUGAACGCACCACCCCGCAAGAGAAGAAGAGCAAGUGUCGAGGCAGCUCCACCACAGCCAUCACCAUGACGACCACGGCCCCAGCUGUUGCUAUGCUACUCCUGAUCCUGGCCCUGAACUCUGGGACCUCCGAGGCCGUGCAGGUCCAGGUGGAAGGGCUGAGCUUCUCCCUGGAGGACGUGCGGAUGCUCCAGAAGCUGACCCAGGGCCCGAGCCGACCGGGCAGCAUGAGCCCCAGACUGAGGGCCAGCUCCUGGCUGGUGUGCUCACACCCUGCCCUCCCCAACGCCUUCCAGGCCCUCUGCGACCAGCACAACAACGCUUCCCCCGCGCUGCUCGGCCUGAACGUGCCAUUAUCCUCCGCAAACAGCGCUGACCUACUGCUAUCAGGGAGGUUCCCUUAUUGGACAGGCCGAAGAGUGAUCUACGGGCCUGAUGACGAGGAAGAGGAGAUGGGGCCGGGGUUUAUGGACGAUGUCUGUGUUGGGUCAGGCUGGUUAAUGAACCAUAGCUACUCCCCGGAGCCGCCUCAGGCUAUAAGAGGGGAGCCGGAGGGGACAGACCCGUCACAGAGCAACCUGAGUCUCAAGCUUUCACUGUUUGCCUUUGACGAGAUCUUGACCGUGCCGACCAUGAGAGCUGUGCAGAGUCUGAUGCUGGUGCUGGCUGCUUGCAGCGUGAGUGGAGCCAAGGGCGUCAUGGUGAAGGACGGGGACCUGGUUUUCCCCCUCCAGGCCGUGGAGACCCUGAGAGGCCUGAUGGACCUCGAUGGUCCGGUCUCCCCACACCUCAGCCGGACCAGUGCGGCGAUGGUCUGCCAGGACCCAAACCUGCCCCAGGUCUUCCAGCCCGUGUGUCAGGACAAGGGAGCGGCCAUGAGCUUGUCCAGAAUCGUGAGUGUCCUGAACUUCAGGGACGCCUGUGACAUCUGCGCUAACCCGUCCUGCUUCGGCUGCCGGCAGUGAGGGCCAGGGGUCGGCCAGGGGUCGGCCGGGGCCUCAGUGAGGGGCCCCCCACCCCCGCCUUCAACAUCUCACACCCGCCAUCUUCCCCCGAUCCAACAUGGCCGCCUGGCCCUGCUGGGGGCCCUGCCUCCCAUUGGUCAACUUCUUGUUACUAUUUUUAUUUUGGUUUUAUUGAUUGGCUACAGAAUAAUAUCACGGUUGGGUAAACUUCCUGUGUUCCUUCCUGGUCUUCCCUGUGUGUUGAUUACAACAAUGCAGUCUGUGUUUUUUUUUAUAAUUAUUUAUCUAAAGUUUUCGAUUAAAAAACUGAUCAUCAA